CUCUAUAAGACAGCGGCAGCACACGCAGCACACAGACUUCAGUGGCGUUAAAGGAAGGAGGAAACAACAUAUGAAAAUACAACCAGCGUUUGCAUAACCUGCAGGUCUCAAUGGACUGGGCUCUUCUUUUAGUUUUGCAAGUCAUGUUUCAGCCAUCACUAACAGUCUUGUUCACUGUGGAGGUAGAACAAAGCACGUAUGACUCAGAGUUUGGAGGAGAUGUUGUGCUGGGCUGCAGGUUUCAGCCUAAUCUAUCAAACCCUCUUGCUGACAUAAAAGUGUCCUGGCAUCGGAUCCACUCUGCCUCUACUCAGCACGUGUACUGGCUGGCUAACGGAAAGGAGCACUUAGAAUCCCAGGAUCCGGCCUAUAAGGACAGAGUGAAGCUUCUCACUGAGGAGCUGAAGAAUGGCUUGGCCAGGUUACAGAUCUCCAGACUCAAGAUCAAUGACUCUGGGACGUAUAAGUGUUUGGUGCAGACAUCUGAAGGAGCCGAUUAUAAACCGAUAACUUUGUCAGUUAAAGCUACUUAUAAAGCCAUCACUAAAGACAUCCAGAAGGCUGCAGAGGGGGAUGGGGUGCUGCUCACCUGCCAGUCUAAGGGAUAUCCUGAGUCCUCUGUUAUGUGGCAGGAUGGAAACAUGCAGAGAGUCAAUGCCAAUACAACAACUGUCUCAACAGCAGACCAGCUCUUUAAAGUCACCAGUCAAAUUCAUGUCCAAUCAUCACACCAAAACAACUACACAUGUAGCUUUGUAAAGGACGCCUCCUCUGCAACGUUUUUGAUUCCAGAUGAAAUGCCUGUUCUUCAUGAAGAGAACAACGCUCUCAUCAUUAUAAUGUGCAUUGGAGUAACCAUGGUUGCCAUAACGGUUGCAGUUCUCAUGUACCAACGUCACAAAGGGUGUAGAAAUAGCAGCGCCAGGAACCUUUUGGUCAAUAGAUCAUGCAGGACAGUUUCAACUGCUUUUUGCCUGCAAAUAGAAAAAGAGGACGAGGAGAUAACUAUAUUUAUUGAAGGCAGUACAGAGGAAAAACUGGGGGUGUUCUUGAAAGCCCAUUACUCAGAACCCUCCUUCACUGAAAUGCCAAGACAGUACCGGGAAGCUUCCGGUGUGGAGGUGCUUCCUCACAGGCUGCAAAACAAUGAGGGCCAGCCUGUGAACCUUCAAGCUUUACUCCCAGAAGCUGGAGAGACUCUCCUUCUCGAGGGACCGCCACGGAGCGGGAAGACGACUUUAGCACACAUCCUGGUCUCCUCUUGGACUGAAGGACCCAAACAUGCCUUCCCUAACCUCCUUGACCUCAGUGCUGUUGGACUUAUCCUUUAUAUAGACUGCAGCGGAGUGAAGGGGGACUUGUAUCAGGAAAUAACCUCUCAACUCUCUCUCACUGAGAAGACAACAACAGAAGACGAGCUGAGGACUUUGUUGAGUCAUUCCAGCGAGGCUCUGCUGUUGUUGGACGGAUACACAGAAGGGAACCAGAGUUUUGAUGAGUCCUUGAGGAUGUUUCUGAGAGAAAGAGGAGGAUGUAGGGUGCUGGUCACGACCUGCGUGGGACACUGUGACACGCUCAGGGAAAUAGUGGGGACAGGACGGGUGUUGGAGCUCCAAAAUGAAAAUGUUUAGCACCGAAUUCACAAGGAGAAAAAUACAUGGCGCCCUCCUUACAUUUCAGGCAAACAUGAUGUAGACACUUUUGUACAUAGUUUCUUUUACUGUGGGGUCAGAUUGUUUAGAUGCCCAAAUAUGCUGCAGAACUAGUUGUAUCAAUAUAUGAGACAUGCACAAUAAAUGAAUUUUCUGAAAUAAAUGAAAUUUCUAUUCUCUACUGAACAGCUGUGACAGAACAUCUUUUCCCACAUUACAUACUGUAAGGUUGAAGAAUCUUGUAGGUAUAAUCUCUGAUCAUCCUCAACUUUGUACUUUUCAUUCAACUAGAAGAGUCGUUACACAUUAGAAACGUUUCUUCUGAUAGUUGGAAUGUUUUACAAGUGAUUGCAGUUGUUUCUGUUUCUGCUAUGUGUCAGUCUGAGAGAAAAAGAAAGUUCAUCCUCAGGUCCAUUCUCUAGAUUCUGAAUGAAUCGGGGUGCUGUGACUUAAAAAAGGGAAGUGACUCUGAGGAUAUUCCUGGCAAGAUGACCGGCUCAUUCCAGUAACCUCUGAUUAAAAAGACAAAUUUUUUUUUUCUUUGUUAACAAGUAAUUGUAGCAUUGUACAUUUCAUGAGAAAGCUUUUCAGUCAGUCAGCAUGUGUGAGUCAUGAUUUAGUCAUUUCCGUUUGCAUUAAGGGUUUUAUUUACAUUCAGAGCUGAGAGGUGAUGUUACCCACACAGGGGAGCAUGGCAUGUCUGACUGGUUACCAGCCAACGAGCAUCAAAUUUGUUGCUCUUCAAAGUACCAAGAGUGUGCUGAUAGAGCAGAGAAAAACUGUCUCUUCUUAUAAUGCACUGCAUGGAAUCAUCUUCAAAAAAAGAGACGAAAUAAAAAACAUUGAAAUCA